AUGUCCCACCUGUUCACCGCCGAGUCGUACGCCGACGUCUCUGCCUCUGAUGAUCACGAUGAUGUCGACUCCCUACCAUCCAUUUCGACCGACGCCCUAAGCUCCGAGGCCGACUCCGACGCACAGAGAGAAUGGGAAGCCAGCUUAGAGCAACUACAGCUCCUGCUGACAAUGGUGAUAAUACCCUUCGCCGGGAAAUACUUUGGGCGGAAGUUUGCCUAUUGGAGCUGGGCACGAUACAUGGAGUGGACACACAACGUCGAGAUUUCAUGGACGAGCAAGAAGACGUUCAAAAUAGCAGGAGCGGUCGAAGCUGCCUCCACUUUAUGA